AUGGUAGCCCCUUACGAAGAAGCUCGUAACAAACGCCUUGAAGAAAACAGGAAGAAAUUUCAGGAUUUGGGAAUCACCCAGAUUUCCAAAACUCUGUCUGACCUCACAGCUCCCGAGAAGAAGCCCCAGCGAGUUUGGAAGCCGAAAGCAAAGAAUACUGUUUUCGAAGUUGAGCCGAGACGUUCUACUCGUCAGAGAAACCCAAUUCAAUCAUAUGUUGAUGAUGUUGACAUAGGUCUUCCGACUAGGAAGAGGUUGAGGUCAAGUUCAUCUUCAUUCGGAAGCUACCUUGCAAGGCCUUUAGAGGAAUGCCGAAUGGCUUCUUAUGAAGAAAGGAGUGCUGCUUUCAAAGCUGCAGAGCGGCUUCAAGAGAGUCUGCAGUCUGGAAAUCCUUCUUUUGUCAAAUCGAUGGUUCGGUCUCAUGUCUAUAGCUGUUUUUGGUUGGGUCUUCCUUCUAAAUUCUGUGAGGAUCAUCUCCCGAAAUCAUCGGACUCUGAUAUGGUACUAGAGGAUGAAGAUGGCAAUGAAUGUGAUGCUAAAUACUUGUCCAAGAGAACUGGUCUUAGUGGUGGUUGGAGAGGGUUUGCUUUGGAACACAAGUUGGACGAUGGUGAUGCACUUGUGUUUGAAUUGGUUGAACCCACAAGGUUUAAGAUCUACAUAGUUAAGGUGACAACUCAAGAACAUUGCAAGAAGGACAAAGUUAAGAGUGCUGGAAAACCAUCAAAGGCAGCCAAGAAGCCUGACCGAGACUCUUCCCAAAAACAAAGGUCGAAGAGAGCUACCACUCCUGAAAUAAUCGACAUGAAGACUCCACCAGAGCUUCUGCCUGAGAGCCCAAAAAGUGAAGCUGUACUGCCAUAUAGACUUAGAAAGAGAGCAUAG